AUGGCCACUGAAGAACCAUUCCAUACGGAUCAGACAGAUCUCGGCGAUUUAGAGAGCGAACAACUUUAUCUCGAAGCUGCCAAUAUAUUACAAAAACUUCAAUCAGAUAAACCGCCCGACGAAGAAUGGUCGUUAGAUGAUAUGGAAGCUAAUAUUGAAGAAAAUUUACAAGAUAAAUUUGUUCAAGAAGCGCUUACACAAGAUAUUGAUCUAGCACAGUAUUCCGAACAAAUACAAGACAAAUUACAAAUACAUGAAAAAGCUUUUGUGCAAGAUUUUAUUGGCGAAGCAAAUAAUAUUGCAAAUCUUCACAUGCAAAUAUCAUCAUGCGAUAAAAUUCUCGAAUCUAUGGAUCAUAUGUUACGAAAUUUUCAAAAUAAUCUAGCAAAUAUUAGUAACGAAAUUCGCCAUCUACAACAUUAUUCCGCUGAAUUGAAUAUUAAAAAGAAGAAUCGAGAACUGGUACGUGGACAAUUAACUCAAGUUGUUGACGAAAUGGUUGUACCACAAUCGAUGAUACAAAUUAUUACGGAUAUGCCGGUCACAGAACGACAAUUUCUUGAACAACUUCAUGAAUUAAGUCAUAAAAUCAAGUUUGUUAAAGAACAAUCAUUUCACGAUGCUAUCGCGUGUCAAGAUGUGCAAGAAGUUUUAGAAAAGUUACGUGUAAAAACAAUCAGUAAACUUCGUGAAUUUAUAUUGCAAAAAAUUUAUCAAUUUCGUAAACCAAUGACUAAUUAUGAAGUGCCACAAAAUGCUUUAUUAAGAAAUAGAUUUUUCUAUGAAUUUCUAUUAACAAGUGAUAGACAAAUUGCAGAUGAAAUUCAAAGAGAAUAUAUCGAUACAUUAGGCAAAGUUUAUUUUUCGUAUUUCAAAGCUUAUUCAGCUAAACUAAUCAAACUGCAAUUAGAUGACAAACCAGAAAAAGAUGAUGUACUGGGCGCUGAUGAUCGGCCUCGAUCGAGUAUGUCGUUCUUCUCAGCAAGUGCUCGUCCAAAUCUAAAACAUCGUGCAACAGUCUUCAGUUUGGGCAAUCGCGAUUGUGUACUCAAACAAGAAUUAGAAGCUCCAAUCAUGGUUCCACAUGCUCAACAAAAAGCUGACAUAAAACAUCCAUUUGAAUAUUUAUUCCGCAGUGAACAAUUUGCUUUAUUAGAUAAUUGUUGUCGCGAAUAUUUAUUUCUCUGCGACUUCUUUAUGUUAGACAAUCGAGCAGCUCCAAAAUUUUUUAUGGACAUCUUCGAAAAAACAUUUAAGUUAAUGCAAAAAAACUUCGAAAGCUAUGUGUCGGAUUCUUUCGAUCCUAUUGCAAUUUUACUGUGUAUGCAUCUCGUUUAUCGUUAUCAAGUUAUAGCUAAUAAACGUAGUGUACCGAUAUUGAAUAAAUUUCAUGAAAUACUGAUCAGCAUAUGUGAAAAUCGUUUUGAAAUUGUUAUGAAAGCUAAUAUUGAUAGUGUGCAACGUGUUGAACCACACAAAUUUUCAUCGAUUGAACUCAAUCCACAUUUUAUCGUACGACGUUAUGCGGAAUUUUCCGGAGCUGUAACACGAUUAAAUGAAGAGUUUCCUAAUGAGAAAAUUUCAACACUAAUGACGCGUUUGCAAGUUGAAAUACUCAACCUUAUUCUUCGAAUGGGUGGUGAAUUUCCGCAAAGAAAAGAACAAUUAAUUUUCAUUAUUAACAAUUAUGACUUGAUUUUAUCUGUUUUAACAGCAUAUACAAAUGAAGAUUCAUCAGAAUGUGAUGCAGUUAAAAGUUUGCUCCGUGAUCGUAUUGAUGACUAUGUCAAAGAAGUGCUAAUACCGUACUUUUCUCCGUUGAUCGCUUUUGUUCGUGAUAGUGAUCAAUUUUUAUCCGAUGGCAAUAUUAAACAAUUAGAAAAUAAAUUAACAGUAAUUAGUAAAUUAUUCAGUGGUGAUUUUAAAAAAACAUUCGAUUCAAUUCAUAAUGAUGUAAUUCGUUCAUUUCCAUCUCUUAAGCUCAGUCAACCAAUCCUUAAAGAAGUUUUUACUCAAUUCUUAUCCUAUUAUCAUGAUUUUCAACGUUUGUUAUCGAGUAAUACAAAUUUAAAAACGGCAUCAUCAAAUAUAUCCUUACCAAAUCUUCAUCAAUUAAUGGUUGAAAUAAAAAAAUUUAAAUUACCUUUCGAUGGCGAUCAAUUCAAACCACGGACAUAG